AAGAUGGCAGCGCCCGGGCCUUGCCACGCAGACUUCCGUUCGGUGCUGAGGCGGAGGGCCUGUGCCGGGUCGCUUCGGGCGUGAAGUCGUGACGCGUAGUGUGGAACCACCGCCCAGGCAUCAUGUCUGAAGGAAACGCUGCGGGGGAGCCCAGCGCUCCGGGAGGGCCGCGACCCCUCCUCUCGGGGGCGCGGGGGCUUGUCGGGCGGCGGCCCGCGCCCUCCCUAACUCCGGGCCGCCUUCCCUCCAUCCGCUCCCGGGACCUCACCCUCGGGGGAGUCAAGAAGAAAACCUUCACCCCAAAUAUCAUCAGUCGGAAGAUCAAGGAAGAGCCUAAGGAAGAAAUUACUGUGAAGAAGGAGAAGCGUGAACGUGAUAGAGACCGCCAGCGUGAGGGGCAUGGACGGGGCCGUGGCCGUCCAGAAGUGAUCCAGUCCCACUCUAUCUUUGAGCAGGGUCCCGCCGAAAUGAUGAAAAAAAAAGGGAACUGGGAUAAGACUGUGGAUGUGUCGGAUGUGGGACCCUCUCAUAUUAUCAACAUCAAAAAAGAGAAGAGGGAGACUGAUGAAGAAACUAAGCAGAUCCUGCGCAUGCUGGAGAAGGAUGAUUUCAUCGAUGACCCUGGGUUAAGGAAUGACACACGAAACAUGCCUGUGCAGCUGCCGCUGGCACAUUCAGGGUGGCUUUUUAAGGAGGAGAGUGAAGAAGCAGAUGUUAAGCCUUGGUUGGCUGGCCCCAAGGAAGAGGACAUGGAGGUGGACAUGCCUGCUGUAAAAGUGAAAGAAGAGCCACGAGAUGAAGAGGAGGAGGCCAAGGUGAAGGCCCCUCCCAGAGCAGCCAGAAAGACCCCAGGCCUCCCAAAAGAUGUGUCUGUGGCCGAGCUACUCAGGGAGCUGAGCCUCACCAAAGAUGAGGAGCUGCUAUUCCUCCAGCUGCCCGACACCCUCCCUGGCCAGCCACCCACUCAGGACAUCAAGCCUGUCAAGACAGAGGUGCAGGGCGAGGACGGACAAAUGGUGGUCAUAAAGCAGGAGAGAGACCGGGUAUGCUCAGGAGAAGCCAAGCUGGCAGAGAACACUUGUACCUUGGUUGACCUGACAGAGGGUCAGGUGGGCAAGCUGCUCAUCCGCAAGUCAGGGAAGGUGCAGCUCCUCCUGGGCAAGGUGACCCUGGAUGUGACGAUGGGAACCACCUGUUCUUUCCUGCAGGAGCUGGUGUCUGUGAGCCUUGGAGACAAUAAGACGGGGGAGAUGACAGUCCUGGGACAUGUGAAGCACAAACUUGUAUGUUCUCCGGAUUUUGAAUCCCUCUUGGAUCACAAACACCGGUAAAAUGAGCAGAUGGAGGAGGAUGGCGAUUCUGCCCACGGCUGCUGCCUGCUCCAGACAUUUUGUUCUUGAAUCCAUGCGACCCAGAAGGGGCCUGUUUAGCCCACCCACUUCAGCUUUUGGCAUCCAUCGUCCUAGUUUCCCCCACCACCAGAGCCCACGCAGCUCCCUUCCUGGGCAGCUGUGAAUGGCACAGUGACCUUCCCACAACAUGGAUAUGGAUGGCACAUCCUCCCUGCAGGGGACUUAUACCUGCUAUUUAUUUUUAUAUUUAUAUUUAUGUCUGAGUUUCAGCUGACUGCACCUUCCCAAAGUAGGCUCCUUCUCUCAGGGCCGUGGGCAGCAAGGGGUUGGAAGUAUAAGGGUUGCAGCUUUGGCUUCUGCUCCCUCCUUCCUCCCAGGAGGCAGGCUGGAAAGAGAGCUGGGAUGGAGUAUGAGACUUAAGUACUCAGUCCUGGCUCUUUGGUUCCCAGUUCUGUGUCCUUGGACAAACUACCUAACCUUUCUGAGCCUCGUCUUCCUCAUCUAACAAAAGUGGGGAUAAAUACCUACCUCACAGGGUUGGUGUGAGGAUCCAGUGGAAUAUUGUGGAUGAAAACUCCUUGCACAAGACCGGACAUACAUACCUGUAGGCACUCAAUAAAUGUUUCCCUUUUCU